GUCCAGGUGUGGGGGCCUGAUGUGGUGCUGAAGCUAAUGACGGACUGCGAGAAUUCCGCGAGGUACUUUGACAGAUCCUUGCGGGACCCAAUGGUGCAGUUACAAAGGGAAUUUCUUCGGGAGAUUGCGGGUGUGAAAGUCUCGCCUGAUAAGUUGCUGUUUAAGGAGUUUAACCAGCGUCCCUUGCAUGUCUUCUGGCUGGAACUGUUUCUGAGGUUUUGGAAUGACCUGGUCAAGCAGAAGGACACGGUCUACCACCAGACGUUGCGAGGUGAAAUUCGUUCGGCUCUCAGUACUGAGCAUUAUGAUGGCUGGGGUUCUAAGGUGCUGAAGAUUCUGAAAAUGUUAGGGACGGAUUUGACGGCCUUGGGGGGUGAAUUGGACUUGAAUGCGCGUGUGGAACGUAUUGCUGGCACGGAGCUAAAUGUGUCUGCUCUCACUAAAAAGUUUGCUGAUAGAAUGGAUGCGGAUUGGGAGGAUAGGAGUUUGGAAGAUGACCCGCGGCUUUUCAACCCAGUAGACCCCGUACCAGGGGUUGGAGUUAAGAUGUGCAGGUACAAAAAUUGGAUGGGUGACCCGGUUGACAGGGGGUACAUUACUCAGCGGCAGCAUGUGAACCUGAUGCGUUUUCGGCUGUGUGUGUGGGGCAUUGAAGCCAAUCGCCCUAGGGGUAGGCAACGAGUAGCGCGUGUCUGUCCUAUGUGUGCCGUGCAGGGGUCGCCGGGGAGAGUGGAAGAUGAGAAACACAUCCUCAUUGAAUGUCCCGCUUACGAUGAUUUGCGUGAUAAGAUAUGGGAAAGUGGUGUCCCACGGGAUGCUGAUAUGAUUGCUGUCAUGGGCAUGGAGAAUCAGGCAUUGCUUGCUAGCGUAAUCACUAGCAUGCGAAGUCGCAGGAUUGCGCAGACAGGGUUUAUCAUAUGAUUAGCGUUCUGUUUGUUGUCUCUUUUGUUUACUUUUCUUCUUUUGGUUGUUUUCGCGUUUUGUGCUCGCGAUCCAUGAGCCUUCUGGCUCGGACGGAUCUUACGAGCUCGGUACGAAGCUUGUAACAUACAUACAUACAUACAU